AUGUCGUUGGAUAACCUCACCUUCAAGAGCCACACCAUUACGAUCGCCAAAGAGGCUCCGUCGCUGAUAUUGUCGCCAUGGAGAGUCUUUGACAAGGUUUUCGCCUCUAUUGCGGGGUAUCCUGCCAGCGAGUUCGAGUACGCAUACGGCAGCACGCCUCUUUCGACUUUGACGGAGACACUGGCUAUCAUCGCGCUGUACUUGGUCGUCAUCUUUGGCGGACGUGAGGUGAUGCGGGAACGCAGGCCUAUCGAACUCAACGGCCUUUUCAAGAUUCACAACCUGUUUCUUUCAGUCUUGAGCGCAGGAUUGCUCCUUCUGAUUGUCGAGCAAAUCGUCCCGCAACUCUGGCGCGAUGGCCUUUACCACAACAUCUGCACGUACGCUGGCGCCACCCAACCGUUGGUCACUCUGUACUAUGUCAAUUACCUCGUCAAGUACUACGAGCUCAUCGAUACCGUCUUCCUGAUGGCGAAGAAGAAGCCCCUCACCUUCCUUCACUGCUACCAUCAUCCCGCGACAGUCUUCCUCUGCUUCACCCAGCUUUACGGCAACACGCCCAUCUCAUGGAUCCCUAUCUCGUUGAAUCUGCUUGUCCAUGUCGUGAUGUACUGGUACUACUUUCAAGCCGCCCGUGGAGUUAAGGUGUGGUGGAAGAAGUGGAUUACGAAGCUGCAAAUCAUGCAAUUCGUCCUUGACCUUGGCUUCAUCUACUUCGUCUGCUACGACCACUGGGCCGACGUCUACUACCCCUGGCUCCCACACAUCGCCCGUUGCGAAGGUGAAAUCACCGCGGCUGUCACCGGCUGCGUCGUCAUCACCUCAUAUCUGUUGCUUUUCGUGGCGUUCUACAUCAACACGUACAGAAGUGCCAGCCGCAGCAGGGCUGCAGCCCAAAAGCCCAAAGCAGGCACCAGCGAGAAGGCAGCCCUCUCGGCAGCUGCGGCGAGAGACGCGACGACACCAGUUCAGACCUGA